AACAGCUUCUGCAAGUCUUCCUUCUUUUUGGUCAAAUUUCUUGAACCUUUGUUAGGUAUCUCAAGGCACUCUUCUAAACGACAUAACCUUAAAGACAAGAUGCUUUAGGAAAACUUGCCUUUCAAUUAUCUUGUUACCUUUUCCCUCAAUCCUCAUCCUUUCUUAUUCACAAAAUUUAAGCUUAUUCAACCCUUUCAUUACGUAUGCAAAUCCACUUUCAGAAAGGAAAAAAAAAUUACUGCCUUUUGUUAAUGGAGCAGUUGCAUUUCUUACGUAUAUAGAUAAGGAACACGAAAUAUAUAAUAUAAGAAACAAAACAUAAAUUCAUUCUUCAUCACCAUUACCCAAAAAUAUUCAUCCACGGAAGCCUGCAAUUAUGACCUCUCCUCUUAUUCAUGAAAUCAAAAGGCAAGCUUCUCACUUCUUCAAAGAGAAGAUUAAAAGUGCUAGGCUUGUUCUCACAGAUGUUACACCUAUAGAAUUAAUGACAGAAGAAGCCACAAAUGGAAAUCCAUGGCCACCAGAUACUCGUAUCAUGCAAGUGAUUUCACGUGCAGCUUUUGAAGUUGAUGAAUACUAUAGAGUUGUGGAGAUUUUACAUUGCAGAUUGUUGAAAUUUAAUAAAGGCUAUUGGAGAGCCUCAUACAAGGCUCUAAUAUUACUGGAACAUCUUCUAACUCAUGGACCUCUGAGGGUAUUUGAGGAAUUUCAAUGUGAUAUAGAUGCUAUUGAAGAGAUUGGAGAGUUUCAAUACAUUGAUGAAAAAGGGUUCAACUGGGGUUUGAGUGUGAGAAAAUUAUCAGAGAGGAUAUUGAAGCUCUUAAGAAGCAAGGAAUUCUACAAAGAAGAAAGAGCAAGAGCGCGCGAGCUUUCUCGUGGGAUCCAAGGUUUUGGAAGUUUUAACAGACAAAGCUCUGUGAUCGAUGAAGGGAUGAAUGACUUGAGUUCAAAGAUUUAUUAUGGGAGGUGUAAUUCUAACUAUGAAGAAUAUGGUUUUGCAAGCUUUGGAAGGGAACAGAAUGCUUUGGAUGGAAACAAAAGAGAUAACCAAGUUCAUGAAAACAAGGAUUCAAAGCUCCUAGAAGAUAACAUGAAAGAACACCCUUUUAUUAUGGAUCAAGAGAAACUCACUUCAGCAUCCUUGCUUUCUAUUGUACAAUAAUAUAAUGCUAGUUGUAAUUUGAUUUUGUAGCCCUUGACAUGAUUGUAAAUAGUUAUGGUUUUAAUGGAAUGUUUCUACCAAUGUUGAGGUAUCUGAUUGAGA